AUCCUGCGUGCAAGGAAGGACGCCAUUGCACGAGUUCCCUGAGAUUUUUGUCGUGCGCUUGUUAGCUCUUACUUGAACUGGGGAAAAUGACUCGUGUUUUCAUUGGUAGACUAUCGAUGAGUGCAAGAGAAAGUGAUGUGGAGAGAUUCCUUCGAGGUUAUGGUAAAGUUAGGGAUAUAAGCUUGAAGAGAGGCUACGGAUUCGUGGAGUUUGACGAUUACCGAGAUGCUGACGACGCUAUUGCAGAUUUGAAUGGCAAGGAACUGAUGGGAGAAAGUGUUGCAUUAGAACUAGCAAGAGGCAAAAGGGUUGGAGGAGGUGGCGGUCGUGGUGGUGGAAGAGGAGGUGGUUACGGAGGGAGAAGACCAGUUUGGCUUGACAAGUAUGGACCUCCGGUAAGGACUCAGUACCGUGUCAUCGUUGAGAACAUGUCCAGUCGUACAAGUUGGCAGGAUCUCAAAGACCACCUUCGCCAGGUCAGCAAUGCCAAAUUGACUUACGCUGAUGCACAUAAAAAGAGAGUAGGAGAAGGAUCUGUGGAGUUUGAGAGUCGCGAUGACAUGCUGGACUGCAUCAGGAAAGCUGACAACACAGAGCUUGGGGGCAAGAAGAUACGAUUAACUGAAGAUAAAGGCCACCACAGUUCCCCUCCAAGACGUAGUUACAGGAGGAGUUCACGUUCUAGGUCUCGCUCUCGUUCUCCAAGAUCUCGAUCUCGUUCCCCGAGGUCACGUUCUCGCUCCCAUUCACCAAGAAGGCGUUCAAAGUCUUACUCUCGUUCCAAGAGUCGUUCUGCAUCCAGAUCACCUGUACGUGGACAGAAGCGCUCCAGAACACCUUCCAAAUCUCCUGAGCCAGCACGGGCACCAUCCCCUGGGGACAAGCAUGAUGACAGUGACGAAUGAUAGUAGACAUAAUCUUCCUGACUAACACCAUUACUUUAACUUGUGGUUUUCCUUUUGUAUAAGGCAUGUUGAACUGAAUACCACUGUCGUGAUGGAUUUUACACUCACUAUUGCAUGUCUCAAGCAACAUUUUGUUCUUUUGAAUGCACAAAUGUCACUGUUACCUUAAAUGCCAUUAGUACAUGGGUUAUGCUUAUAUACACUGUGUCUAGUAGCCAUGUCAGUGUUGAUUCUAGAGGAUUGAAAUUUUCGAUCAUGAAACGCAAUCUCUAAGAAUUCUGUAUUAUAGCACUGUAUUUUAGUUUUACGGUCAAGUCUGUUGCAACAGAGAAAAACGAAAAAUUCAAUCUCAAAGCUAGUAAGUCAUGUAGAAGUUAUUCUACCAGUACCAGUGGGGCAUUUAUGGAGUUUAUUCAUUUAAAUUAACCGAAGUUGUAAUGUUGUUUUAAAAUAAAAUGCUAAGUUUGACCUUG